AUGACUCAGGAUGUUGAAAAAGCGACGCGAUUGUUGGCUCAGGAACUUUUCGCACCUGUUUUUAUGGCACCCUUCAUCAUCGGAUAUUACACUUUCCUAACUUAUGAAAGUUCAGGAUGGUUGGGACCGUUAACGAUCUACACGUAUUUCACGCUGGCCACAGUGAUUAAUAAACUUCUGCUCUCGCCAAUUGUAUCUCUUGUGAAUGAACAGGAAAAGAAAGAAGGUGAAUUGAGGUGCAGUUUGAUUUGCUAA